ACCUGGCAGGGCAGAGAGCGAGGGGCCAAGCACUCUCACUUGUUCCCUGGUCCUGGAGCAUGGGAAGAAAGACCAUGGAACCACUCUAUCAGGCUGGGUCCAUUCUCAUGAAGGUGAAUACUUUACAAGGGAAGAAGGUGGUGGAGAGCGGCCUCCAGUCCGGAGACUUCUCCCUCCCGCAGUCGUGGCCUUCCUGCCUCCCGCCGCCCGCCGACUUGGAGGCCCUGCAGCAGAAGGUGGCUGCGGUGCAGCGGGAGCUGGAGGACUUUAAGAAGGAGGCGUUGAAGGCCAUCCAUUACCUGGAAGGUGCCUUCUGUGAGAUGAAUGGGGCCCUGGCACAGCAGGAGGAGCAGGCGGCCCGCGUGAAGCAGCGGCUAAGGGAGGAGGAGGACCGGGGCAUCGUGCGGAAUAAGGUCCUCACCUUCCUGCUGCCCCGGGAGAAGCAGCUCCGGGAGCACUGCAGGCGGCUGGAGUGCAUUCUGCUGGGCAGCAGCCGCAAGGCGCUGGGCCUCCCCAAGAAGAUCCAGGCGAACUGA